AUGGCGAGCUCAAAGACUCUAAAUCUCCCUACACCCCUUUCAUUAGUAGCUUUAGUUUCAUAUGAUGAAAAGUUUGACCAAUGUCUUAGCUUCUGUUCAAACAAAGCAGCUCCGUUUUAUGCCUUAAUUUACACUCCAAAAAAUGUUUCAUUUUCCAGCAUCCUUGAAUCCUCUGCACAGAACCUAAGGUAUUUGGUGCAUUCAGCGUCAAAACCAGAGUUUAUAUUCACACCCUUGACUGAUUCACAUGUCCAAGUGGCAGUGACUUGCUCAAAGAAACUUGGUGUUCAUAUGAGAGUUCAUAGUGGUGGCCAUGACUAUGAAGGACUCUCGUAUGUUUCUGAAGUCGAGUCCCCUUUCAUGAUUCUUGAUCUGUCCAAGCUUCACUCCAUUGAUGUUGAUAUAAAAGACAACAGUGUCUGGAUUCAAGCUGGUGCCACUAUUGGAGAAGUAUAUUACAGAAUAUAUGAGAAAAGUUCAGUUCAUGGUUUCCUUGCAGGCCUUUGCAUAAGCCUGGGUGUUGGAGGGCACAUCACAGGAGGUGCAUAUGGAUCCAUGAUGAGAAAGUAUGGUCUUGGAGUUGAUAAUGUUCUUGAUGCAAAAAUUGUUGAUGCAAGUGGCUAA